CGCGACUUUCGAUUAUCCGGGGCGUACCUGGAAGCCGGAGCGCAACAGCGUUUCGCGCAGAUCCGCCGCCGCCUGACCGAACUGGGUACACGGUUUCAGCAGAACGUACAGGACGCCACUGACAACUGGAGUCAACAUUUUCCAAACGCCCAGGCGUUGGCAGGGUUGCCAGACAAUGAGCUGAAACAGGCGGCUAGCCGAGCCGGCGAUAAGGGAGGGUUUGAGAUCAACCUUGAGUACCCCAGCUAUCACGCCGUGAUGACCUAUGCCGAUGACAGCGCGCUGCGUGAGUCGAUGUACCGAGCCUUCAGCACCCGCGCCUCCGAUCAGGGUCCCCACGCUGGUCAGUGGGAUAACUCAUCGUUAAUUGUUGAGAUGCUGACGCUGAGACAGGAGCUUGCCCAGCUGCUGGGAUUUGAGAGUUACGCUCAAUACUCAUUGGAAACCAAGAUGGCCCCAAACGUGGACGCCUCACUGGAUUUUCUGCGUUCGCUGGCCGAAAAGGCCUUGCCCCAUGCUCGACGCGACAUGCGCGAGCUAAAUGAAUUUGCUGCCAGCCAAGGAGCCGCCGCUCCGCUGAAAGUCUGGGAUCUGGCCUACUGGUCUGAAAAGCUGCGUGAAGACCGCUUCUCGGUUAGUGACGAGGAGCUGCGACCCUUUCUAAGUCUGGACAGUUGUCUCAAGGGCAUGCUGGACGUGACGACUCGGCUGUUCGGCGUCACCUUUUCUGCCCGACCCGAGAUUGCGGUCUGGCAUCCCGACGUACGCUACUACGAUGUGGUUUCUGCCCAGGGAGAAACCAUCGCCGGAUUCUACAUGGACGUCUAUGCCCGCAAGGGUAAACGCGGCGGCGCCUGGAUGGGUAACUGUCGAGAUCGCUACCAAUGGCCCAGUCAUGAUCAGCUGCCGGUGGCGUAUCUGAACUGCAAUUUUCCGGCACCGGCUGAGAAUCAACCUUCACUGCUCAAUCAUCGAGAUUUGACCACCUUAUUCCACGAGUUCGGUCACUCGCUGCACCACAUGCUGACUCGCAUUCCGUAUCCAGCGGUGGGCGGAAUUGCUGGCGUGGAGUGGGAUGCCGUGGAACAACCCAGUCAGUUUUUGGAGAACUGGUGUUGGCAGCGGGAGGCGCUGGACGGGUUUGCUCGCCACGUUGAAACCGGUGCAUCCAUGCCGGGGCCGCUGCUGGAGCGGUUGCUUGCCGCACGCAAGUUUCAGGCCGGCAUGUUUCUGGCCAGACAGCUGGAAUUUGCGAUCACUGAUUUGCGUAUGCAUCACGAAUUUGACGCUUCAGAUCACGGCCAGAUCGCGCAGAUUGUCAGCGAGGUUCGAGCUGAAGUGGCGGUGGUGCCGUAUCCCCGGGGCAACCGCUUUCUGAAUAGCUUCGGGCAUUUGUUUGCCGGUGGUUAUGCCGCCGGCUAUUACAGUUAUUUGUGGGCGGAGCAGCUGGCGGCUGAUGCCUUCAGCAAAUUUCAGGAAGAGGGAAUUUUUAAUGCUGAGACCGGUCAGCAGUUUCGCACAGAGAUUCUGGAGACCGGCGGAUCCAGACCCGCCAUGGAGUCCUUCGUUGCCUUUCGAGGUCGUGCACCGGCCAUUGAACCCUUACUUGCGAGUUAUGGCUUAUGA